UGAGUAACUGUCAGACCAAUGAGCGUUCCUACUGUUUGCAACGAAGGGAUGAGAGUCUGUCGAGGCCCAAUCAGCGUGUCAGUGCUGCCUGCCGGUGCCGGGGACUGGUGGUGAGAAUCCGCUGCAACGCGUCAGGGGGACCGGACCGUGAACCCGGAGACGGUACACAAGGAGGCGAAACGACACACAGGAUGGAGCGGAUGUCUGAUGAUACACUGAGGCUCAACCUGUUAAAGCGAGGUCUAGAGUCAUCCAGUGAGAGGGAGGAGGCUCUGUCAAAGCGCCUAAAAAUGGAGGGUCACGAGGCCAUGGAGCGCCUGAAGAUGCUUGCCCUUCUCAAACGCAAGGACUUAGCUGAUCUGGCUGCCCUAGAGGUCCCAGGGACGCUUGGAGAUGGAAAAGGCCCCAGUGCCAGCUCCCUCCACCACCAGAGUAUAAUGGGUGCGACCUAUGAGGAGAAGCUGAAUGGAAGUUUGAGGCUUGGCAGCCACAGUGUUCAUGUCGGUCAAAGUAAGAAUGGAAAGGAAAACAUUAUGGAUGAGCCAGUGGAUAUGAGUGCUGGAAGGAGAUGCGAGGUUGAUCGUGACAGACAAACUCCUUCUCCAGAUGUCAUCAUACUUUCAGACAACGAGGCGUCUAGUCCCAGGACAACACCUCGACCCGAAGAGCGCAUGCACCAGGCUAACUUGGAGAUUUUUAAGGGAAAAACAGGAGAGGAGCGACAGCAGAUGAUCAAAGCUCUGAGGGAAGAGCUGCGCCUGGAAGAGGCCCGUCUUGUCUUGCUCAAGAAGCUUAGACAAAGCCAGAUGCAGAAGGAGAACGUUGUGCAAAAGGUCCCAGCGGUCCAAAGCUCUGCAUCCUCUGUUCAGCCUCCUCCCAUUCACAGCUCUUCAGGUAUCGGAAAGCUGCCUGUGAGGCCAGGCUUGCACAACACUGAGCCUCAAAAUCUCCGAACUGCACAGGGUCAUACAGUCAUUCGUUCAGCCAAUACCAGCCUGCCUCCAAUGCUUAUGUCCCAACGAGUGAUAGCCCCCAGUCCAUCCCAACUACAGGGCCAGAGGGUGUCCUCCAAACCUGGGAUGCCACGAUCCAGCUCAUCCAGCAUGACCAGUGCGGUAAACUAUCAGCAGGCCAGCCAGCAGGUGGCAGCUUCCCAGCGCUCCAGCUCCAGUGCCAUGUACAUGAACCUGGCUCACAUGCAGGCAGCAGCAGCAGUGGGGGCCAGUGGUGUGACAGGUGGUCUUGCUGGAGCUUCAGCAGUCAGCCCAUCCACCAUGUCUGGCUCAGCCAGUGGAGCAGUUAGCUCCAUGGCUGAUCAGGCCAGCAGUCAGGCAGCUGCCAAGCUGGCUCUACGGAAGCAGCUGGAAAAAACCUUGCUGGAGAUCCCUCCACCCAAACCCCCAGCCCCACUGCUCCACUUCCUCCCCUCUGCAGCUAACAGUGAGUUUAUCUACAUGGUGGGCUUGGAGGAAGUGGUACAGAGUGUCCUGGACAGUCAGGGUAAAUUCAGGGGGUCUUUGGCCCGUAUGGAGCCUUUCUUCUGUGCCCAGUGCAGAACAGACUUCACACCCCACUGGAAGCAAGAGAAGAGUGGCAGAAUCCUCUGUGAGCAGUGCAUGACAUCCAAUCAGAAGAAGGCUCUGAAAGCAGAGCAUACCAACAGACUGAAAAAUGCUUUUGUGAAGGCUCUUCAGCAGGAACAGGAGAUCGAACAAAGGCUACAGCAGCAGGCAGCUCUCUCUCCCAGCUCUGCUGCUACUGGCUCCAAUGUCUCCAAGACUGAUACGAUGAUCCGACAGCAUGCCCUGCGCCAGGCUCAGCAGCCUCAGGCUUCUCUGCAGCGAGGUUUGUCUAACUCUGCAAGAGGCGUCCUUUCCAACUUUGCUCAGGCUUCUCAGCUGUCUGUGGCCAGCAGCCUUAUGGGAAUGAGCAGUGCUAAGCAUUGUGGUAGUGGUGGGAGUAGUAACAGACUGCAGCAUGACAGCCGCCGUCAAAUCUAUAACAUCCCAGGGUUAAAUAUUGCCUACCUGAACCCUGCAGCUGUUGGAGCCCAUAAGACUUCCAGCUUAGCAGACCGGCAGAGAGAAUACCUGUUGGACAUGAUCCCACCUCGGUCCAUAUCGCAGUCCAUCACCGGGCAAAAAUGAGCCCCAUUAAUUUCUCAUGUGUGUCAGAGGCCAGCCUCGUUUGAUAACUUCCCCCAUUCUGAGGCACUCCCAGAUCAGCUGAUAUGUCCACCCCACAGUUUCAUCGCAUGCAGUGCCUGUCCGUGUGCCUACCUUAGACCAACCCAUGAGAACCUACUAAGCUGAACAAAACACAAGCUGUCAGUGCAUCUGAGUUGUUCUUAUUAUAGCAGAAAUUCCCUUCUUCUGUAAUUCCCUUUAUAAUCACUGGUGGUAGCGCCUAUACUUGCAACUGCCAUUUAAGCUUAAGUUAGUGUUAUUCAUUAUUUUACAAUUUGCUUUUGAAGUGUUUGUCUGAUAUUUCUGUUUUUCUAUUGUUUACCUUUUACUUCAAGACACCCAGUCAUUGUCAAUUUAGUGAGAUAAUUUGAAAAUGUUCUUUUUUUUCUCACUUCCAAAGCUAUUAUGACUAUUGAUGAGAAUAGAAGAUCAGCAGGGUUCACUCUUGUUGCUAUGCAACAUAAAGUUACUCUAAAGUUUGUAAACAUGAUUUGUUUGCCAAGUACUAUUUAAAGAAAGUGAAAAAUUUUGUUGGGAACAAAAACAGAUCAUAUUAGGCAGAAUUCAAUCUUGAAAGACUAUACUGUUUUAAAGAAUUGAACAUUUGAGAGCAAAGUGCUUUCCAUGGAUCAUCUCAAUGACCUGCUUCAAAGACAUCAUCAGAGUCAUCACAGCAAUCCACACCCAGAACUGAUUUCAGCCUGGGAUUCAGGGCAACACCUGGAUAUCUUGAAGUAAGCCCCAGCCAACUUCAGUACCCACCAACUGAAAAAAGAAAAUUAUGUACAAAAGAGAAUCUUGUGGAAAUUAAAUGUGGAAACCCUCUCCACCAUUCUUCAGCAAGGGGUUUCCUUUGCUUUAGUUAGGAUGUCAGUCUUCUGCUGAUAUAGAUGUUUUGCUGACAUGUGUGUGUAGGACAUUCUGUUACUAGCACCAUCGGAUGAAGGAUGUGGCGGGCUGAUGAACGAGAAGACAGAGGUGCCUGAACUGGCUAACUGUUGAGAAGCCAGUUCACAUCGUUUGUCCUCACCUUCCAACAACCUCUCCAUGCAGCUGUCCUUCAUAGUUUUACCUCUUCAUUAUUCACAUUGUGAACUCUUUUUAUCCCAGCAGUUCCUUUACAGAAUGUACCAAACAUACAACUUCAGACUACAUCCAGAUCACAGAUUCUUCACCUAAAAUACCCAACUCUGGGUUCUGGUUCCAGUCUGUGUUCUUACUUUUUUUGUAAUUCCUGCAUCUGUUCUUUCCCAUUCUUUAUAUUUGUUUCUUUUUUUGUGCGCCGUCUCCAAAUGAUUUGGUGGCCUACCUGAGAGGUGUCGGCUACUGGAGACGAUAAUAAUCUAAGACAUUAACUGUUGAAAAAUCUAUGGAUUGUGUAUAGAUACCUAACUUCAGAGAAUAAAGGGUGUGGAUGUUUUACAGGAGAGACUGGAUCAAUCAAUGUGUGCACAUUGUGCUCACAAGUUGCCUCACUCAAGAGGAGCACUUUUCAUAUUUCCAAAUGGAAAUUUUGUUUGUUUUCUGGCAAGGAGGAAAUGAAUGUUGGAAUGAAAGAGCAUAUGCAUUGUUUAUUGCUGAUUAAAUGUUUAGACCCCUGAACACAUACCAUCCUAACUAUAGUACUCUGUCAAUCUAUGAAACAGAUUGACAAGUUUAAAGUGUGCCCAGUUUAACUUUUUACUGUAAUGUGUUUCAUUUUCAAUGCCAUGUUAACAAAUAUUAGUAUCAGAUUCUUUUCACUGAUACAGCCUUCCUCUCACUUGUACCUUUCUUGUAAAGAAAGGUAUGACCCUACUUUCCCAACACCUCAAAAAUUACAUCCAGUUUUUCACCUUUCUCUGCUUUGAUAGACAAUCUCCAUUCUUCUGUGAAAUACUCAGUGAGCAGGAUAUGGGCUCUGCUGGCAGUUCAAGAUUUGACCUUUUGACUUUGAUGUUCUUGGCAUUAUAAGUCUCCAGCAUGAAGGUGCAGUACUUUGUGUUUUCUGUGAUAGAUGGUCUUGUUGAAAGGGACCCUUUAUGGUGAAGGCCUUUGCACAGUUUCAUUGUGUUGAUGCCAGGUCCAAGUGGUUUCUGGCCCUCUUGUCUGAUGAGGAAAACUUAUGUGAUAAGCUGGUUUGCCAGUUCAUAAGAGGAAAUGAAGUUUGAGAGAUUUCUUAUCUCUGGAGCUUUUUGAAUUCUUUUAUUUGUUCGUGAAUGAUGACCUGUACAAAUUUCGAUAAAGAUUUACUCUUUGCACAGUAAUUUUUAUUAUUAUUAUUAUUUUUUUUUUUAAGUGUCCAUGUUGCUUUCUUCAUUCUGACUGUGGUUAUAUUUGCACACUUCUUUGUUUGCAGGGUCUUUAGCUUCAUCUUUUGAUCCAUAUUCACACUUUGUUGGCUGGAGCAGGACUUGAAGAACUUAUAAUAAAAUGUUAGUUGCACAGGUCCUUGCAUCUACUUGGACUCUGAGACCAUAAACUGCAUGGUAGACUGCCCAGGCCACCUGACUGAAGCUGUCUGUGUUGUGUUUAGUUAGUUUGCAAUAACUCAGGUAUUUCAAACAGUGUUCACUCGGUCUUCAGUAUUAUUCAUGGAUAUGGUUACCACUUGACGCAGGGAAUUCUACAGUGAUUUUGAGGGGAGGUCGAUUCAGUUCACAUUGGGGUUGCCACAAUGCGAAAGUUUCAUAUAGAUGUUAGGAAAUACGCAAUAUAGAAUCAACUUUUUUUUUUUAAAGAAGGCUCCUUUCUAGUUGAAAGCAAAAACUAUGAUUAAUUAAAAUAUGAUUAAAUUUGUUGCUUCCAUAGUUUGGGCAUAACCAAUAAGUAUUGAAGA